AGAUGGGGAGCCAUGCUGCAUAUUUAUUGGAAUUGCCAUUCCAAUAGGUUUCAGUGCUUAUCUUGCGCCAAUGUAAAUCAGACGUGAUUUCUCGUACGUACGACAUUUACCGUUGCCGCUGUCUGUGUUUGUUUUGUGUUACACCGCGUUCGACCGUCCCAUCCCCCGCACAGCCGUCGAACGGCACAAAGAAAGAGUGGAAAAUUUUUUCAAUUUUCAAGGCAGAACCAACCAAUUUUACCAACUUUUCGCAUUGUGCCAUAUUGCGUAGCAGACGUGUGUGCUUUUUUUGGCCAGAGCAACGUGUGCUGGCCUAAAUUCCUGUCGACCCUUUAGACGUUCUUUCUUGGAUGGGUGUGAAGCGUAGUAUGCAAGUUAACUGGUGCAGCAACAAGGACUGUUUGGGCCUACGUAAGCGUGUCUGCGGAUUGCAUCAAACUUGGAAGUGGCUACACCAGACGCCCGCCCUGCACGAAUAUCUCAUCUCCGCUAGCUCUGUGGCAGCAAACAUCGCAGCCAGCAAGUCCACCACGCUCUAAAGUCCAAAACAACA